AUGUUAAAGGCACUUCUUCUGAUAUUGGCAACAGCGUACAGCUUACAACCUAAUGAGGACGAUGUUUCAUGCACUCUGGACGACGGAUCCAUAGGAGAAUGUGUGCCGCACCAUCUUUGUGACAUCAAUAGAUUUACCGUCGAAACAGGCCUUGCCUUCAUAACUAUUUAUCGCAAUAAAAGCAGUCCUUGUUUAUCAUACCUGGACACAUGUUGUCCAGUCCCAGCUGAGCGCCCUCCAGAAAACCCAAUAACACCGAAACGGGUACUACAGACACCUCGCACGGGAUGUGGGUGGCGUAACUCCCAAGGGGUGGAUCUCCGCACCACCGGCGAGAAGGACGGUGAGGCCAAGUUUGGGGAGUUCCCGUGGAUGGUUGCAGUCAUGGAAAUUAAACCCGUGAACCCGGUGCAGCCCGAAGGUCCGAAACAAGUCGUAUACGUUGGUGGGGGCUCCCUGAUCAGUUUAAAUAUUGUGCUAACGGCAGCACACAUCGUCGCUAGAGCCAAAUCCUUGAGGAUCAGAGCUGGAGAGUGGGAUACCCAGACCACUAAAGAGAUCUACCCCUUCCAGGAUCGAGAUGUUGCUUCUGUGGAGAUACAUAAGGAUUUCAAUGGCGCCAAUCUGUUCUUCGAUGUAGCCCUCUUGUUCCUCACCAGACCAGUAGACUCAGCGCCACACGUGGGAGUGGCUUGCCUCCCAUCGCCUCAGGAUUACGCCCUCCAUGGCACUAGGUGCUUCGCUACGGGAUGGGGAAAGGAAAAAUUUGGAAAAGAAGGACAUUAUCAGACUAUUUUGCGGAAGGUGGAACUCCCAGUAGUAGAGCACAAUGCUUGCCAAACACUACUCCGCAUGACUCGUCUCAGUAAACACUUCAAGCUGCACUCUUCAUUCAUUUGUGCCGGCGGAGAGAGAGGCCCAGAGAUAUGCAAGGGAGACGGCGGAUCUCCACUCUCUUGUCCUAUUGAGGCUGGAUCAGACCGUUACAUGCAGAGUGGUAUUGCAGCAUGGCGUAUAGGUUGCGGUGAUGAAGGCAACCCCGGCACAUACGGGAACGUCGCCUACCUCCGGGACUGGAUUGAUGAGAAGGUCAUUGCCAACGGAUUUAGCACUCAAAGUUAUAUUAUUUCAUAUAUAUACGAUAUUAUUUCAUAG